AUGGAGAGGAUACCAUCGACUCCAAGUCCGGCCUCCACUUACUGCUCGGCCUGUGUGGGUUCCCAACACUCGCCGGUGCGCCGAUCGCAGCGCCUAAUCGACAAGGAAAUCCGGAAUUCCCAGAAGAUUCCGCCCAAAAGCUGUUCUCCUCAAUUGUUCGGGAACGAUGAAGACUAUUAUACUGAACUACCGUUGCAGCAGGACAAACCCACUGCGAAAGUUGUCCAUUUGCAGCCGGCGGAUAAAGUAGUACACCUAAGAUCCUCUGAUGAAAUCGUCCACCAGAAGUCUUCGGAUAAGAUUAUCCACCUUAAGAAUGAUAUCAAUAAACAAGGAAGGAAUAAGAAUGAUAAUCAAGAUCCUGAUCCUCCAAAAACUUCCCAAAGGAAGAGGAGCCGACCGGCAACACCCAAAAAACGUGUGCGAAAACCGAAGCAACCGGCUAAGGAGAAGCCCCAAAAAGAUUACCCAGGGAUCUCGCCCUCUUCAUCGAAACUGCCCUCACAAUAUCCAGCACAUUUUGUUCACCAGUUGCCGCCCUCAGAGGAAUUGAAUUCCUCAUCCGAUGCCCUUGAUUUUGGCGAGGACACUCAUAUUCCGGAUAUUCCAUCGGAAACCGAAUCGGAUUUCUCCGUGAACAUCUCCCUGAGCGACUCCAUUGGCGAAAUAUUCGGCACCAAGGAUGUAUGUAGCAUCCUAAAAGUGCAGCGUCCGCGUAAAUACAUUUUACUGGAGGAUCACCUGCCCGCCUUGGCCACCAUGUUGGAUGUGAACCUAGAGCGCCUACGGAAUGCCCUGGAAAUAACUCAGCGCUUGACCCAUGAGCAGAUCCUGCGUCUUCCUGUCAAGCAAGAAGUCGAGGACAUAGAGGAACUCCAAACUAAUCUUGUUUAA